UGAGGUUUACAAAAUUCGCACGUCUCAACCCGCCGCCGACGCCGGUCUUGUCUUCACAAAUGGCAGUUUGGAUAAAAAAAAGUGUCACAUUAUUUAAUGUGACACACUUAUCGUUUAUGGGUUGGACUCGGGGAAGCGGGAUGGUCCGCCCGCCCUCCCGCCUGCCUGCUUGCCUGCCCGCCUUCCUGUCUGUCCGUCCGCCCGCCGUUCGGUUCGAGCUGAGCUCGCGUGAGCCCAUCUGCCCGCGCAGGAAGCGGCGACGCGGCGCGAACCAAAGCCGAGGCAGCGCUGCGAGGGAACGAACGCGGCCGUUCGCCGCUCCGACAAACAGUGAAAAGAUGUACUAUUACCGAUAUAAGAAUGCAGAAGUCAGCUGUUGUUACAAGUACCUGAUGUUCAGCUACAAUAUUAUUUUCUGGUUGGUUGGAGCUGCUUUUAUAGCCAUUGGCUUCUGGGCCUGGAGUGAAAAGGGGGUGUUGCUGGACCUCUCCCAGGUUUCUCGGCUUCAUGGAUUCGACCCAGUGCUGUUGGUGUUGGCAGUGGGCGGGGUCACCUUCAUCCUAGGCUUUGCUGGGUGUGUUGGAGCACUUCGUGAGAACAUCUGUCUUCUCAAGUUUUUUUCUGGGGUCAUUGGCUUCAUCUUCUUUCUCGAGCUCACAGCAGCUGUGAUGGCCUUUGUCUUCCAAGAACCUCUAAAGAAGUGGAUCAGUGACUUUUUCCUGGCCAACGUAAAGGCUUACCGGGACGACAUUGACCUGCAGAACCUUAUUGACUCUCUACAAAAGCUGAACCACUGCUGUGGUGCCACAAACCCCAAUGACUGGGACCAGAAUAUUUACUUCAACUGUACGAGUGAGAACCGUAGCAGGGAGCGCUGUGGAGUUCCUUUCUCCUGCUGCGUUGCCGACCCUGCGUUUUCACAGGACUCUGUAGUAAACACCCAAUGUGGCUACGACAUCAGAAGUACAAAGGGUGACUGGAGCAACUUCAUCUACACCAAAGGCUGCAUCUCAGCGCUGGAGGAGUGGCUGCCUCGCAACAUCUACAUUGUAGCUGGAGUCUUCAUUGUCGUCUCCUUGCUGCAGAUGGUGGGUAUCUUCUUAGCAAGAACACUCAUUGGAGACAUUCAGAAGGUCAGGUUCAACUACUAAUAAAACCCUGGGCAUUUUAACAAGGCUGAGAGAGGAACGACCGGAUACCAAAUGUACAGUUCAUUCUAUGUGCCUGUUUCACACCCGGCGAGGGGGGGCAGUGGCUCUACAUGUUUUCCAUUGGAUGUGGGGAGUCGCUGACAUUAAUUUGGAUGUGUUUACAUUGUGGGAACCUUUCUACAAGGGUGCGGACGUGUACGACCAUGGAGAAGUUACCUUUUGUCUUACUUUGUGGUUUUAUAAGAGUUCUACCUUCAGUGUCUGUCUUUUCCUUGACAAGCUUUACCCCCUUUUUAAUAGUGUGUCAACUCUUACAUAGUGUACACUGUUUAGCGGGGCCCUUUCUGUGCCUUCUACUAAUGCAUCACAUUUUAAUGUGGAACAUUCCAUUCUGGCUGUAGGAUUCAGCUGUGCAAGACGUGUCAGAGGCUGAAACCCAUUUUCAGAUUUGUAGGUUCAGCAUUCAGAAUUCUGCAGGAGGGACGCAGCAGCAUUUUUUAAUGAGAAAACAUGCUUUGCUUGUAUGUUGGAGGUGGGAAGUGGAACAUACUGUGAAGUCUGUCGCUCAGGACCCUUAAAUAGCAAUUUCCAUCACUCUCUUCUUCUAAUUCACUGGUGUGAAAGCCCUUCGCCUUCUGCCUGCAGUUUUUUUGGAACCCCCUGUACUGUUGGAGGUGGGACAUGUACAUCCCUUUCUACAAUCAGAAUCAAACAGAAGGCAGUCAUUCUCAUUCUGAUACUGUUUGCAGUCUCAUUAAUUUUCAUGUAGCUCUUCAUGAACUCAGUGUUCAUAAAUAGUAUUCAUAUUGUCAACAGAAAUGUUUGUUCAUUUGGCAAAGAAGCAUAAAUAUUUAUUUUCUUCAAACGCUAACUAAUGGUAGCUCCUAUCUGCCUUUCUCAAGUAAUGCUUGGGGAAGGUGGCAGGGAGGAUGAUGUAUGGUUUCUUUGAAUGGUUAUGGCAGUAGCUGAAAUAUUUCCCUCCUUGAAGUUGUGGAAAUUGGAAGCACAGAGCUGGUUUAAAUGUUCAUGGCUGGAAUCUCUUGACUUAACCAAAGUUUCAUACUGAUUUGCGUCGAGGCUGUUCAGUAUCGGUCCCGGAGAGUCAUUUUCCUUGUCCCCCCCCCACAACGUAAGAGCUUAAAAUAGGACUGAAAAAAUGUAUUUUUAAUAAAAUAAGUUGAAUGGUAGUUUACUGCCAGAGUGGAACACAGAAUUCCCAGAUUGUGCCACUGAGUACAGUAGUUGUACUGUCAUUGCGCUGAUGAUUCAAGUUACUACCUGGAGUAAUGUCAACCUGCCCUCUGUGUUGCAGUAGCCUUUCUUACAUCGUUUCAUCUUGGACAAGAUGAUGCUCUUAUGAUGAGUGACUUCAGACUUGAUUUAGAUCUGUCCUGAAAGACUUCACUCUUGACUCUGACUCUUCCCUAGAUACCUCGUUGGGUUUCUGUAAAAGUGCUUUCCAGUCUUCCAUAAAUUAUUAUUAUAGUCUUUUUAAGCAGUAUAUACGUCUUAAUAAAGUAUCAAUCAUAUAUUGUUUGUUUACUGACUUGCUAAAAAGUGCUCUAUGUGAGCUUCACACGAGCUUCGUGUGGAGUGUCGUUCCCUGGAGCAGGUCUAAGCGGGGGGGGGGGCUUUUUACAGGCGUGUUCACUGUACUUCUCCCCCACUUUGGGUUUUUGUUUUCUACUGAAUAAUGGGAGGUCAAUGUGUGUCAAUAAGGCACCAUGUCUGUACAACUCUUUUUCUGUGUU